CGCUCAAGUUGCAUGAGCAGGAACUAAGAGAACGUGAAUAUCUUAAUGAAACAGAGCGGAGGAAGCUUGAGCAUCUGAAGGAAGAGGAGAAAAAGUUACCAGGAAACGGGUACGCCCCCACGUUUCGCGAAUCAGUUCGUUCGACCCAGAACACGGGUCGUUUCCGACCCAGGUCGCCGGAAUUCGCUACCGGUUCGUCAGUUUCGGCGACUCACAAAAACUCCGGCGACAUGGUAAGAAAAGCGAACAAGGAAUAAAAGGAAGGCCUACUAUUUACGGAGGGAAGGAACGGCACAAGAAAGAAGAAAGAAGAUGCAGAUCGGAAAAACACGCAGAAAGAGGAAGAUGAUGAACAGUUGUGUAUCUCGUGUGUAUCUAGUUAUAUGUGCAGUACAUUUUUAACCACACAUGUACAGAUGCACAGUAGUACUUAUUUUAAUUGAACUUUAUCCAAAUAUUGUUUUUAAUUUAUAUUUUUUUAGUGGAAGGAUUUAAGAGGAUGCCUCAAUUGCUGUACAUGUAUUUUAAACUUUAAAUUCUGUUCUCUCUCAUCUUUUGUUUCAUAUUUAUACCUCUUUUAAUUUAUGUUUAUACAUUUUGUAAAAUCUUGACAAAUUAUUAAUAUUGAAACCAUAUAAAUUUAUUAAUUUAUAGAUUAAUUAAUUCCGGCGUACCCAUACGUUCCCUCGUACCCAUACGUCCCAUCGUACCGGAAACAAUUAAAGUAAUGUUCCACGUAUCCGAAUUCGUACCGCGUUUCGUAUCGAACCGCGUCCUAUGUAACUAUGGUUUGAACUUAUAUUUUCUGCUCUGGUAUAUUUUUUUCUGCUAUAUAUCUGCUCUAAAAUUUUGUAGAAUGAGAAAGCAAUCAUGGAGCAGAAGAAGGCUGAUGAAAGCAUGGCGAAGUUAGUGGAAACUCAUAAGAAAGAGAAGCAGCAACUUUACCAACGGAUUAUUGAGCUCCAGAAGCAGCGCGAUGGGAAGCAGCAACUAGAAUUGGAUAUUGAACGACUGAGGGGAGCUGUAGAAGUCAUGAGACCGAUCAGUGAUGGUGGAGACGAGGAAAUGAAAAAAAAGAUGGAGUCCUUGAAAGAAGAUCUCAAGGAUAAGGAAGAAGAGUUUGAAACACUUGAAGAUUUAUAUCAGACUCUCGUUGUCAAGGAGAGGAAAGUCAAUGACGAGUUACAAGAUGGUCGAAAAGAGUUAAUAAAUGGUUUGAAGGGCAGGCCGAGCAAGAAUGCCAAGGUUGGUAUCAAGCUGAUGGGAGAUCUAAAUCUCAAACCCAUUGUUUCCGCUGCAGAGAAAAAGUAUCCUCCAGACGAGGUUGAAGAGAAAGCAAUGGAAUUCUCAUCUCUGUUAGUCGAGAAACUUGGAGAUGCAAACUGGUACCCCUUCAAGGUCAUAAAAGUUGGCGAAGACAAUGAGAGAGUUAUCGAUGCCGAAGAUGAAGGCCUUGUACUUAUAAAGAAUGAGUGGGGCGAUGAAGUGUAUGACUCAGUAGUGACGGCUUUAACAGAAUUGAACGAGUACAACUCGAGUGGAAGAUACCCUGUUCCUGAGUUGUGGAAUUUAAAGGAAGGAAAAAAGGCAACCUUAGCUGAGGGUGUCGAAUUCAUACUCAGACUGUGGAAGACGAAGAAGAGGAAGAGAUAAAGUAUUCUUGUAAUUUGAUGAUUUAAUUGCGUGGCAUCUUUACUUUACUCGUUUGAUGGUUGAUGUGUCGGGGUCAUUUUUUAUGAUGUACUAUACUCUCCUUAAUUUUUACCUUGAAAUUGGCAUUGAA